AUGAAUUUGAUGCAAAGUUUAUUUUUAAAUGUGUCAAAUGGGAUGACUAAAGACGUGGUUAGAUUGAUGGCAGCGGUCAGUGUGGGAUAUGGAGCUUUUAAUUUGAUCUUAUCAUUAAUGUCACCAAUGGUUAUCCCUUUAAUCGGAAUGUUGGGUUUUCGUGGAAACCGCCAAACCGGUUUAGAAGUUUUAGCGUUUGCCAAAAACGGGCCUGAUGUACACGCACCGUUGGCAUGGUUGAUCCUGUCAUGGUAUCACAUGAUGGGAAACACAGAUUACUUGUUCGACGGUCCCCAGUCUCGAGAAAAUGAAACUUACGUCAAGGAAUCAGAACAAUUAGUAUGUAAUCCACCUGAAGAAUUCCAAAACUCGACAUCUCUGCAAUACUUUACUGGGCGAUCGCUUUAUCUCAAGGGUGAUUUAGAACGAUCGAUACGAGCGUACGAGAUUGGAUCAACAGUUGUAGUUGAUAAUUCUUUUGUAAGUAUGAAAACAAUGUGUUUACACGAGUUAGGGUUCAUGUAUGCAAUUCGAUUGGAUUGGAUGGCUGCGUAUAAAAAGUUCGCAAGUGUAGCAGAAGUGUGGAUGAGGCAGUAUCAUUACUUUAUGGCUACAGUGUGCGCAGGCGCGGCGGGUGAUUCAACCACAGCUGAGCUGAUGAGACAGCGUGCCGACGAAGCGGUCAACGGCUGUAGGUUGAACGCUUGUCCGGGUACGAUGUGCAGCUUUAUGGAGAGCAAGGAGACGAAGGUGGCCGAAGCACUGCGGUGGACGGCGGCGGCCUCGAGCGGAGACGACGCCGACUGCAACCACCGCGACGGCCAGCGACACUGCCGUUUGAUCGCUUACGAGGUGCUGUACGUCAAGUACGGCGUGGCCAAGUGGCCGGUGGACGCUCUGCAAGCCGUCCUAUCGGAUUGCAAAGAAGCUGAAGACGACGACAACACGAUGUUUUACACAAAACAAUUACUGACGAUCGUCUGUCGCAAAGUUUUGGGUUUCGUCGAUGACCAUUGUCAUUCCCUGAUCGAAAUUGUCGAAAAUAUGGACCGGAACCAGCGGCGUGAUCACUUGUACGUGUAUGGAGUUUAUGAACUUACCGCCGAGCAGAUCAGACACAUCGAAACUAUAGACGAGGGCAAACGAACAGUCCAAAAACUAAAGGAUUUAAAACGAGGUUACCAUUUUCAAUACUUCUACGAUAUGCGAUGUGUCUCAUUACAAGCGUACGUACAAAAAUUAAAUGUCAGAUGA